AGGGUCUUCAGCGAAAAGGCCCCCAUCGUCUUCCCCCUUUCCACGGUAGUUUUCGUUUUCCGCUCGCCUUCCUCCUCCCUCUCCCUUCCCCUCCUCGAACUCCGCGCGGCGGCCGCGGCCUCCCUCCCUCCCGCUCGAUCCCGACAGCCGCCGCAGCUCCCCGAUUCAGCGCGGUCUCUGCUCUCCUGCUCCUCUGGUGGCUCACGCGGGGAAGGAUCCGGCGCUGGAUGGAUGAGAGGAGGAUGAGGUAGUUUGUUUGGUGGUUUGGUUGUGGCGGAGGUAAGCCCAUGUUUGGGUCGAGGAGGGUGAAGGACGAGAUGGAGCUCAGGAAGCAGAGGACCGUGAGAUUCCACGAGGAGAGAGCAAAACCAACUAUACCCACUCACCAGAAGCAGGCUGGGCUAGCUACUAGUAAGCUUGGCCUGGGGAUUUCGGAGAAGAACAAGAUUUUUCUAGCAGGGAAUGAGCUUUGGUACAAGAAAAUUAUUGACCCAUCAAGUGAUUUCAUCUUGACAUGGAACUAUGUCCUCCGUAUUGCAUGCUUCGUGGCUCUAUUUAUGGAUCCACUGUACUUCUAUGUACCUAAAAUCUAUUAUGGCACUCCGAAUUCAUGUAUCGGGAGAGAUACACGCCUAGCCAUCAUCGUUACUGUCUUCCGAUCAAUUACCGACCUUUUUUAUGUUCUUCAAAUUAUAAUAAAGUUCAGGACUGCAUAUAUUAAUCCAAGCUCCACGUUAGGGGUUUUCAGUCGAGGAGACCUUGUCACAGAUCCUGGUAAUAUCGCAAAGCAUUAUUUGAGAUCUAGCUUUGUGGUUGAUCUAGUGGCUUCCUUGCCUCUACCGCAGAUCAUCAUCUGGUCUGUGAUACCAUCCGUCAAAUAUUCUUUGUCAGAACAUGACGAUGAUAUACUGCUUCUGAUUGCUCUUUUUCAGUAUGUUCUAAGAUUAUACCUCGUAUUUUCAUUGAACUCUAAAAUUGUUGAAGUUACCGGAGCAUUUUCAAAGACGGCUUGGCAAGGAGCUGCUUACAAUCUUCUAUUAUACAUGAUUGCUAGUCAUGUUUUAGGAGCAUUAUGGUACUUGCUAUCUGUUGAUCGCCAGACCGCGUGUUGGGAAAAAUACUGUAGCAAAGAAGCGGGCUGCCAAAACAGAUACCUGGCCUGUGAUAUACAGUCUGAUUCAAAUUGGAAAAUCAGCACCGCUAUCUUCAAUAAAUGUGAUGCCACUAACAAAACAAUUGAUUUUGACUUUGGUAUGUUCACACCAUUAUUAUCAAAUCAAGCUCCCGAUCAGGGCUUCCUGAAGAAGUUCUUCUAUUGCCUUUGGUGGGGUUUGCAGAAUCUAAGUUGCUAUGGGCAGACUCUGACUGUGAGUACUUAUAUUGGUGAGACGCUGUAUGCUAUAUUCUUGGCAGUUCUUGGUCUCGUCUUGUUUGCGCAUUUGAUUGGAAAUGUGCAGACCUACCUGCAAUCUAUCACUGCAAGAGUUGAGGAGUGGAGAAUAAAGCAAAGAGAUACGGAAGAAUGGAUGAGGCAUCGGCAACUUCCUCAGAAACUAAGAGAAAGAGUGAGAAGAUUUGUUCACUACAAGUGGCUUGCGACUAGAGGUGUGGAUGAAGAAUCUAUAUUGAAGGCUUUGCCUGCAGAUCUUCGCCGUGACAUUAAGCGUCACCUUUGCCUGGAUCUUGUUUGCCGGGUCCCUUUUUUCUCCCAGAUGGAUGGUCAACUUCUGGAUGCCAUCUGUGAGCGUCUUGUAUCUUCCUUGAGCACAGUGGGCACAUACAUUGUCCGUGAAGGUGACCCAGUGACAGAGAUGCUUUUUAUCAUUCGUGGGAAACUGGAAAGCUCCACUACUGAUGGUGGCCGGACGGGCUUCUUCAAUUCUAUAACGCUCAAAACUGGCGAUUUUUGUGGUGAAGAAUUGCUUGGAUGGGCUCUUGUUCCCAAGCCUACUGUCAACCUGCCAUCCUCCACCAGGACGGUGAAGACAAUCGUUGAAGUGGAGGCAUUUGCCCUCCGAGCUGAAGAUCUCAAGUUUGUUGCGAGCCAAUUCAGGCGGCUCCACAGCAGGAAGUUGCAACACACAUUUCGCUACUACUCUCACCACUGGAGGACAUGGGCCGCUUGUUUCAUCCAAGCAGCUUGGCGCCGCUACAAGAGGAGGAGGCUGGCCAAGGACCUAAGCAUAAGGGAGUCAUUCUUUUCCAGGAGAUCAUUCGAAGAUGAUGGUUCCCCUGAGCACAGCCUUGUGUUGAAUGCAGUCAGGAAAGGAGCCCAUAUCAUUAAAGAACUUCCUAAGUUUAGGAAGCCUUCUGAGCCAGACUUCUCAGCUGAGCAUGACGACUAAGCGGAGAGUAGCUUACAUUAUUUGCUACUGUGAAAUCACCGUUUGCGCUGCAAAUCCUUCUGCUUGUUGUCGUUCCAUGAUCACGCUUCAGAGUUUGGGUUGACAGGUAACUGAUUGUUGAUAGGUGAAAUGCUGAAGCUCAACUUAACACGGUGAAAGCAUCAUUGGUGGUAUGGGAGUUAGGAUCUUGGAGACAGAAUGAUAGAUAGUAACCACGUUAAUUUUCUUUUCUUCUUGGUGAUUGUGUUGCUGUAGGCUUAGCUUAGUGAUUAUUGUUUACCCUUUGGUCAUGCUGUUAAUCCAGUUGUAAACUUGUAAUUGUGUUGGAUAUUGUUGGCAACAGCUUGGGACCUCGUAGUAGCAUAUUGUUGUAUUUUGACUCGCCGAGCAAAUUCUAGCGUCUCGGCGAGUACACCAUGUUUCUCGUUUUUGAGUGUAUAUGUAAAUCACAGGAGGAACACUGAAAUUGUUUUUCAUUCAUUCUGUUCUACUGCUUGCUGGUAAUAGUAAAUUAAUCUCUGUUCUA